AUGCACUUCUCCAAGUCUUUCACGCUGCUGGCAGCCCUGACCAGCAGUGCUGUGGCUCGCCAUGGUCACAACGCCCUUCAUGAAGACCAUCUUCGUCGUCAGGAUACCGGCAGCACUAUCACUCUGACUACGACCAACACCGUCUAUGUCUGCCCGUGUGAUUCGUCGACUUCGACUAGUCUGGCGUCCAUCUCGACGUCCAUUCCCUCGUCUACUUCGACCUCGACUGUGAUCUCGACUACCUCUACUUCGACCUCAACUUCCACUUCCAUCUCGACUUCGACUUCCACUUCGAUUUCCACUUCGAUUUCAACUUCCACUUCCAUCUCGACCGAGGUCUCUACCUCUACUAGCGCCUCGUCCACCUCCACCACUGCUGCCUCGACGACUUCGUCUGGCGCCAGUGCCGACUGGACAUCCGUCCCCUCCAGCGGCGAGUACAGUACCACCGGCUUCGGUACUGCUACUGAAUCCUCCGGCUCGGGCGAUACUUACGUCGGCAACGUCGGCAGCCCCUACGGUAGCAACAUCCUGGAAGUUUCCAGCUCCGAAGCCAGCAGCUACAAGUACGUCGUUCAAUUCACGGGUUCCGAGACUGAGGCAUGGAAGGUCGUGAUCUGGAACAAGAUCGGCUCCGAUGGCAAGAUGGACGGCUGGUACGGCAAUGCCUGCCACAGCUUCACCCUCGCUGCCGGUGCUACCAAGUACUACGCCUUCGACACCGACUCCCAGGGUGGCUGGGCUGCCGCCAAGGGCUCCAUCCCCCUCAAUUCCUACGGUAGCUACGCUUCCACCUGGGGUGAAUUCGACUUCGGCUCUACCGCCAACGAUGGCUGGUCCGGUUUCGAUGUUUCCGCUAUCCAGGCCCAGAACGCCGAUCUCACCGUCCAGGGUAUGAAGAUUUGCAGUGCUCUCUCCGACGGCACUUGCUCCUCCAUUACCACUGGUGCCGGUACCGUCGACAAUGCCUACACCGCUGAUCUCGCCGACGAGGGUGGUAUCGGUGGUAACCUGGUUGCCGGUGCAGUCCGUCUGGCCGUCACCCUGGAUUACAGCGGAUAA